GUCCGAAGGACGUGACGGUCCACUCAUCUGAAUUAACAGAGGGAUCAGAGACUGAAGAUGACGAAUAUGAGAAGGAACAUGAGGGACAUCAUUCUAAAUCCCAUGUGCAUCGAACGCUAAAUCCAGAGGAACGUCUCUUCCUGGUGGCGGAGUCAAGUCUGCGAGAGCUCCUGUCACAGUGUCCUUGUGGCAGCAGCGAUGCUGAAACAGACAUCACAACAAGGGGCACAUGGCUGAGAGCAGCAACAGCUUGCAGCUGUGGGAAACUGCGUACAUGAUCCAGCCAGCCUUGGGUGGAAGACAGACCACUCGGAAACAUUCUGCUCUGUAGUGCGAUUCUGUUUUCCGGCGUGAACAUAACCAAGGCAUUUCGUAUGUUUGCCAUGAUGAAGGUGCCAACACUGACUUUGUCGCAGUACUUCAGAACACAGAAACAGCACCUCUUUCCUGCCGUGAAUGAUGUCUUCCUGAGCAGACAAGCUGAGCUACUGGACCGGCUCCGCCCAGUGCCCCUGACCCUUGCGGGAGAUGGCAGAUGUGAUUCGCCAGGCCACACAGCCCUCUAUGGCACUUACACACUGCUUGAGACAGUUGCCAAUAGGAUCAUCCACUUUGAAUUGGUCAAGUCAACAGAAGUCUCAAGCAGCAAUGCCAUGGAGGUACAUGGUCUAAAGAACUGCCUUGCCUACCUUGAAGCACAUGACAUGGUUGUGGACACCAUAGUGACUGACCGCCACACUGCAAUAAAGUCUGUGUUAAGGGAAUUGUGUCCACACAUCAAACACCGUUUUGACGUGUGGCACGUUGCGAAAGGGAUCAAGAAAAAGCUUGUGUCUCUCAGCCGCUCCACAAAGCACCACGUUGUGAAGUUCUGGAUAGAGAGCCUUAUCCGACACAUAUACUGGUGUCCAAAGUACAGUGGGGAAAGUGGUGACCUUUGUCUGGCGAAGUGGGUAUCGGCAGUGAACCACAUUGUCGAUGUCCAUGAGCAUGACAACCCACUGUACCCAGUUUGUUAUCAUGGCCCAGUUUCAGAACCACGAGAAUGGCUCAAAGAAGAUAGUGAGACGUACGCAAAGGUCAAGGACAUCUUGACAGCACCCGCACUGCUCAGGGAUGUCCCUAUGCUUUCUGCAAAACAACAGACAUAUGGCCUGGAGUCAUACCACAGUGUCCUGAACCACUUUGUUCCGAAAUCCUAUUCGUUUUCUGAUGAGGGGAUGGUGGCCAGGACACAGUUGGCAAUACUCCAUUACAACGAGAAUGCUGACCGUGUGCAAGUGGAAAGAGAGGGCUCCAAGCAGUUCCGACUGAAGCCAUCCAAGCUGAAAAAGACGUGGGUGGCCGUACCCCUCAAAGAAAAUGCUACCUAUGAUUAUGCGGCAACACUGAUUGCAGAGGUUCUGACUCGCAUUCAAGAACACCAAACGCAGUCAGCAGCUGCAGAAACUCGGCCAGCUCGUUCAGCAACAUAUGGUGAGAAGCCAACUCUUAGGCAAGCUGUGGAACAACACCAAACACGGUUCCAGAAGGGAAAGUAGGCCAUGUCCACACCAGCUGAGGACCACGGACAGCUGGCCAUCUUGACAUAUGACAUCACAAACGGCCCUUUUCAGGGCCAACCAAUGCUUUACGCAAAGACAAGCGUUGCUUGUAGAUCAACCCACCUCAUAUGACAUUGCAUAUUAAUUCUCAAACCCAUUUUGAUAACUGCAUAACUAAAAUCAUUAAAGGGACUAUCGCAUCCAUGUGUGUACGUUAGUCGUCGCUUAACAGUUAACUUGGCCAAAAUUCUCUUCCAUAAACAGCUGAAGACAAAUUUGUCACUCUCAGCAACUAUCAGCCUUGUGUGUGUGACGUUUGCUCCAAUUUUCAGAGAAGGAAUUUUGAAAUACUCUAAUAUCCGUCAUCCGCUCUUGCCCACAUGAUUGUCAGUGAGCAACGUAGAAAAAAAUGUCACUGCAGUGGCACAAUCAAUUGGGACGGAUGCAGCAGCCCCUUUAAGCAGUACCUGUUGUACGAAAAGAAGUCUUAUGGAUAUGCUGAAUUGCAAAACUAUAUUUUAUUAUAACCAAGUUAACAUUUUUUUUUCAUUCCAGCACAUGGGCAGUUCUGAGAAGACAGCAGCCUGGAAUCUACUGAA